AGAAUUUCAAUUUCAAGAUGAAUUUCAAUCAAAUCCCCCUAUCAAUAGCCGCGCGUUCUGCUCUUCUUCUUCUCCCCUGCACCGAACAAGAAGCCCAAGCCUCGACAGCACUCACCUACUUGAGAAAUGAAAAAAUUCUAGAUCUGCUCUGCGCCCUCCUCUACGUCCGUUGCUCUGCUGUGUGGGUGUGAUUUUCUCUGGUUUCUAUAGAUCCUGAAAUUUUCUCCCCCAAUUCCAGCCGGCUUCCCCUAACUUGCAGCUCCGGUUUGCUUGCUGAAUUUUCUGGUUCUUGAUUGUUCUGUCACCCUAGCACUUGGAGUGAGUUUUCUAUGUUAUGCGACUGAGAAAGUGAGACCCAAGGCACGGUUAACCAGGGGGAGUGACGAGCUAGACGACUAGUCAGUAUUUUGAACUUAGAUCCUUUUUGGGCUUAGGCCGUUAGCCAGACAUGCUUGUCAUAGAUAUGAAAUGAUAAAUCAUUUUUUUGUAU